AUGAUCCACUGCUUCAACGCAGUGCAGAAGUGUUGCUCAGGGCUCUGCGAUGGAUGCGGAAAUGCAUGUGAAGCUUGCGGCCGUUGCUCUGUAGACCUCUGCGGCGGCUGUGAGCAAACCUGCAAGACCUGCUGCAGGCCACUAGCCACAAUCACCAGCAAACCUUUGGGCUGCUUCGUGAUAAUCGCCGCAGUGUUGAACCUUCCUGCAGCCGCCUUUGCUAUUGCCAGCCUGCAGAACCCACAGCUGCGGGCUUGUAAGGUGCCAUGCUGUCGGGAGAAGGUUCUUGGGGACGGCAAACCUUUUCAAACCUGGGUGGGCUCUGCGAAUCUCUCACAAGUAUCGCAGACCACUGGCUCUGUCAUCAAAGCUGUCAGCCGUGGUGCCAGGAUCAAUGUGACCUUCUCCCUGUACCUUCAGUGGCGCUUGGACCUUUCGAUUCGAUCUGGCACAGAGCAGGGUGCACGCGCGCUUGUGCAGGAGGCGUCUCAAAUUAUUCUGUAUGACUUCGGCUUCUGCUUUUAUGUCAUGUUCUUCGUUUUCAGUGUGGUCUACAGUUUCCUUGGCAUCGGGUGGAGUGCAGAUUGUCCCGCUCGUGACUCCGCUCCCAUCUGGGCUGCAGUCUUCCUGUUACUCUUUGCAUUUUGGACGGCCCUGUUCAGCUGCUGUUGGGGACUCGCUGCAAGCUGUUGGGGCGUUCUGGAGACCAUUGGCAUCUCAUCAUCCUUUGCAAACCUCUUCUUCGGCAGUACCAACUCUGCAAGGGAGAGGCCUCCAGGGGGCGCAACUGCAUCGCAGGCGCUCUAUGGUGGCCAAU